CCGGUCGAAUGUUGAAAAAAGCUAGUAAGGAUAUUCCAACGAAGUCCGGGACAAAAACAAAUCCUAAAUCUCAAAAAGAGGUUCCCGGUCAAAUGUUGGACAAAGCUAGUAAGGAAAUUCCAACGACGUCUGGGACAAAAUCUCAAAUUAUGAUGCGUCUUGAGAAAAUGGUGGAAGAGUCAGAUAUUAUGCACGGCGCCAUCCGUAGUGUAGAUAUGGAUGAAGGUGUUUUCGGAAUUGCUCAUUCCGAAUUAAUUGCAAAGGAGGACAUGCAACAACUUUUUGAACACGAAGAAUUGGGCAUCGCUGUCAUUCAUACAUACAUAUGGUAUAUGUAUGACACAUUGAUGCGGGGAACUGAAUUGUGUAACCGAUUCAAUUUUAUUGCUGCUUCCCGUAUCAACACAACGUUUAUAACGAAAAAUCCAACAUCCGUAAUGAAUGAACUAGUCGAUAGAUUCAUGGUGGCCGGCGAUAAUACUACACCCAGUUUGUAUUUUUUACCGUUUAAUUCUGGCAACGGUGGUCACUGGGUGUUGGUUGCUAUGGAUCUUUCGAGACUAAUGGUGUAUUAUCUCGAUUCGUUACCGGGUAAUUGGAGUAAAUAUCCGAGUAUGAAGAAGACGGUUGACGCGGCAAUACUAAAAUUUAGAUCGAAAAAGAAUUAUCGUAAUAGGAAGGACAUUACCUGGGUCAGAGAUAUUUCAAGGUUUCGAACUCGGGUCCACGAAUAUGUACACAUGGACUCGCUGAUUCAACCGUAUGUCGAACUCGCCGGUUUGGACAUAUAA